UUAUUUAUGUGUCAAAUGUAACGUUUUAUAGAGUAGAGGAUUAGAUUUAUUUGCACAAAAUUAUUAGUGUAGCUCAUUGUACCAUAAGAAUUCGUUUUAAAUUCAUGAAGAAAUGGAUGGUGCGGUCCCCUACUUCGGGAUAUUCGAUAAAUAUUCUAAGAGAUUUACAUUUGUGGAUGGAUUUUACCAUUUUUGGCAUAAAGAAUGUUUCAAACUGGCUCAGAAAAAUGAAAUGGGCGAAUCUGAAACCAAUUGCGAAAUCCCCUUGAAGAAUGUUGGUUCGGGAAGAUGUAUGAGUAUUCAGGCUAUGCAAGCACUGUUUGAAUUAAAGGAAAACAAUCAACUUUGUGAUGCUACUUUAAUUCUGGAUGAUGGAACGGAAGUACCGGUACACAGAGCAAUUUUAUGUGCUUGCAGUUCUUAUUUCAGGGCUUUGUUUACAACAAGUUUACAAAAUCGAGAGAAACAUAGAGUACAUUUGUCAGGAAUUACAUCGGAUAUGCUACACAAACUGUUGGUUUACAUAUAUUUAAGAAAAUUAGAUAUCAAUGAAGAUAACGUAUACUCAGUGCUGAUAACAGCUGACUACUUAAGUAUUUUAGGUGUUCUCGAUCUAUGCUGCCAAUUUUUAGAAGAACAUCUUACACCUAAAAACUGUUUAGGAACCUUGAGUUUCGCUCAAAGUCAUUUUUGCAGAGAUCUGUCUAAUAACUCCUGGAAAUAUAUAAUGAAAAAUUUUGCCCAGAUUGCCGUCGAAAGCGAUGAAAUUUUAUCUCUAUCUUUGAAUCAGAUUCAAGAUAUUAUAAACUCUGAUGAUUUAAACGUAAAAAGUGAAGAAACUGUAUGGGAGGUAAUCCUUAGGUGGAUCGAUCACGAUACUGAAAAUAGGAGGAAACAUAUUGUUGAAUUAAUGAAAUGUAUAAGGUUGGGAUUGCUGGAUACCCAAUUUUUUUUAGAACAUGUGAAGGAACAUCCCUACGUUUCAAGUUCAGAAGAAAGCCGGCCUAUGAUUAUUGAAACGUUAAAGUUUUUAUACGAUUUGGAAAUGAUUACACAUAGUCCGAAUAAUAUCAGAAGCGGUAGUCAGUUCCUAAUAAUUUGGUCUCCUAGAGAUGGAGAAGUCAUAACACCUGAAAUAGCUCGACCCAGAGUUCCUCACGAAAUCCUCUUCGCUAUUGGUGGUUGGAGCGGUGGAUCACCAACAAACUUUAUCGAAACAUAUGACACCCGAGCAGACCGAUGGGUCAAAGUCGAAGAAGUUGAUCCAGCAGGCUCCCGAGCCUACCAUGGUACAGCUGUUGUUGGUUUUAAGAUAUACGUAAUCGGAGGAUUUGAUGGUAUGGACUAUUUCAAUUCAUGUAGAUGUUUUGAUGCUGUUACUAAAACCUGGAAAGAGGUAGCUCCAAUGCACUCUAGAAGAUGUUAUGUUAGUACUUCUGUUCUGAAAGGUACAAUUUACGCUAUGGGUGGAUACGACGGACAUAGUCGAAAAAAUAGUGCUGAGAAAUAUGAUCAUAGAACUAACCAAUGGUCCCUUAUAGCUCCAAUGAACAUGCAGCGGUCAGAUGCAAGUGCUUGUAACCUUGACGGCAAAAUCUAUAUAACUGGUGGCUUUAAUGGCCAAGAAUGCAUGCAUUCGGCAGAAGUGUAUGAUCCUGAACUAAACCAAUGGUCGUUAAUAAGUCCAAUGCGGUCACGUCGUUCUGGAGUAAGCUGUAUUGCUUACCAUGGCUCAGUAUAUGUGAUUGGAGGUUUUAAUGGUAUAUCUAGAAUGUGCAGUGGAGAAAAAUUUAAUCCAUUAACAAACACGUGGACACCCAUACCUGAUAUGUAUAAUCCUAGAAGCAACUUUGCCAUUGAAGUAAUCGACGAUAUGAUCUUCGCUAUUGGUGGUUUCAAUGUAUGUAUUUCAGGAGUGACGACAAUAUAUCAUGUCGAAUGUUACGAUGAUAAAACCAAUGAAUGGUAUGAAGCUACCGAUAUGAAUAUCUACAGAUCAGCCUUAUCAGCCUGUGUUAUUGAUGGAUUACCAAACGUUCAUGAUUAUAUACACAAACAUAGAGAUAAACUCAUGGAGGAAAAACGACAAAAGAUGAUAGCAUUAGAAAAUCAUCGAAAUCUUGUGAAUGAUCAAAAUAACAACAACAAUCAUGACACUAUAGCUGCAGCAGUGAACGCAAACAUGCAACAACUCAACAUCCUACAACAACUAAAUGGUCAUCUAAAUCCAGCUCUACCACCAGCCCAUGUUCCCGAUCCGCUUCCGAUGCAAGUCGAGCCAGACGAAAAUGAAGAACACUAAAAUCAUCGUUUUGUUAUUUUCUGAACAGAAAUUAUUGUAGUUAUUAAAAUGCAAUGCUGCGAAAGAUGUAUAACAAUCAUAGACCAGACUACAUAGCUCAUAUUUUAAUAAGAGGCAAAAAUGUAUUUUAAAAUACAUUGAACGUUGAACGUCGCGUCGUUAAGAAAAUAUUCUCUAAUGGUCUCGUCAAAAAAAACUAAUUAGGAAAAGAGACCAACGGAAAUACAAUACCUGAUUUUUAAUUUUUCUAUUUGCAUUUGCGUUACACAAAUUGCAUUUUUAAUUUCUUGAACUUCAAAAUUAAUUCAAUUCAAUAGUCCUAUUUGACAUUAAUUAAUAUUGUACAUUUUUUUGCAUUUUAAAAAAUUUAUCAGCUUUUACACUGUUAUACUUAUCGUAUUAAACAUUCAUUUGUAUAUUUAAUAAAAACAUAACACACCUUAUAAA